UGGCAUCAUUGGUAAUCAAAACCUAACACCUUGUCUGAACUUGUAGACGAUUGCGACGAGCUGUGAUGGAACACGAAAAAAAUUAAUAACUUUAAUUAUUUAUCCUGAUAUUUAAUUGUCUCGUGAUUUUCAAAAUAUAUUAUUUUGUAUAAAAUAUUAUUUAUCACUUUCUGUACAAAAGUUAUUGUAUUAUGAAAUUUUAUUGCGUGAUAGAAGGAUAAAAAUACAUUGAAGGUUAUCAACACGUAAACUUCCACACCCUCGUCUCAUCUCAACUUCUUCCUUUUUUUAUUUAUUCAUAACAGUUUUUUUUAUUCACUUAAUUAACUAAACCAUAAUUAAUUAAUUUAUUUGUAUUGUAUUACUUGAGUUUAUCAUAAUAAAUAUCAAUAUGCCGACAUCCAAACCUUUCAGCGUUGCUGUGAUUUGCUCCAGUAACAUGAAUCGGAGUAUGGAAGCCCAUGCUUUCUUGAGUAAAAAGGGUUUCAAUGUAAAAUCCUUCGGAACUGGAGACAAAGUAAAAUUACCUGGUAGUGGUCCAGACAAACCAAAUGUUUACGACUUUGGUACAACAUAUGAUGAAAUUUAUAAUGAUUUGUUAGCUAAAGAUAAACAAUUAUAUACGCAAAUGGGUUUGCUGCACAUGUUGGACCGUAAUAGGAGGAUAAAACCCCGACCAGAAAGAUUCCAAGCAUCUAAAGAAAAAUUCGAUCUUCUCGUAACCUGCGAAGAGAGAGUUUAUGAUCAAGUAAUUGAGUGCAUGGAAGCCAGAACUCACCCUGAUAAUCAACCGGUUCAUUUAAUAAAUGUAGAUAUUCAAGACAACCAUGAAGAAGCUACUGUCGGGUCUUUCCUAAUAUGCGAAUUAGUUACUACGCUUGCAAAUAGUGAAGACCUGGACAACGACAUCGACAGUUUGCUGUAUGAGUUCGAGUCGACUAAAUUCGGGAGAACGAUGCUGCACACUGUGUUAUUUUACUGAAUGCUUCUUUGUCGUAUAUAUUUUUGUCUAAUCAUUACUCAUCUGGGAUGGCAUGAAGACAAAGCUCAGUAACCUGAUGGUUUGAUUGGUUGCAUUGAUUGGAAAUAAACCAGGAUAAUUAAACUGUACAUAGAAAGAAAGAUAUGAAGAUUUAUUUGACCGGUAAAUGUAUACAGUCAUAAUUGAUAUGUAUCAAUUGGUUAUUAAACUCAAGUAUUAUCUGUAUACAUGAAUGACCGAUUGCUCAUCAUACUACAGAAUUAAUUUUGCCUUGAACACUUACACCGCCUUGACAUUGGAGAUCACAUUACAUUUUGUAACUAAAAAUUUAUUUAAAAUAUAAAUAAUUAGAGAUUGGAGACUUAUUGUCCUGGUGGAAUUAAAGGACAUAAUCUUUAUAUUGCCAAUUAAAGACUUGUGACUUUAAAUAAGUAAAUAAAUAAAAAAAAAUGAAAUAAGUAGUGGGUACUGGAGAGUAAGAUUGUAAUGAAAUGGAGUAAAUUCAUAAAUGUAUGGUAAUAAUUAGAAUGAAAGGCGAUGGAAUACAACAAUUUAAUCGAAUAAAUAAAUAAA